UGGUUACGCAUCACACAGUUGGGACACCGUUGCGCUCAAUUGCAACAAAAAUUGUCGAAAAAAGCCGUUUCCACCCUUGUAUUGCUGCACGGCCUGGUGCAAGCUGUUUGUGGAGACAAUUUUCACCUACGAAAACCAGGUUCGACCAAGCGUAUCUCCACCGUGUGGAGAAGUAGAGGGAAAUGUGACCCAAUCAUCGGGGUCGUGGUAUAUAAAGUCUAACGGUAAAUCAGGGAUAGGUGUCACAUCCGAUCCGUCCUCCCAUCGGGUAGUACAGUACCCUGAAGACGCAAGUAGCCAUCUGACAAACCCGUGUCCGCGUAGUCAGCUGCCUGUUGCCUGCGGAUUAAGUGUGAGAAACUCGCGGACCAAGGUCCGGUUCCGACGUCGACGCGCCCGUUUUGCAGCCGGAGCAGGUGUUAAUUUGUGCCGCUAAUUGUGCCGUAAUCGGUAGGGAAAGGGAACUUGAAUACGUAAUCAGGGAGCCGUCGCUGAGUGGAUAACGUUUACGCCAAAGAUGAGGAAACUGUCAACUUCGACGGUGUUGCUGUUGGUGGUGCUACUAGUCGGCGGUGGAUCGUGUGACCCACAGGAAGGAUACUUUUAUCCCCGACCAACGCCACAAUGCUUGCCGCAGGUUUUUACCGAAACCGUAACGGACUAUGCUACCGAAACGUUAAACCACUUCUUCACCGAUGUCAACACGGUGUACUUGACGGACUUCAUAACCUCCACCGUGGUGAACCCGGUGCUUAUCACCUCCACCGAGUAUGCCGUCUCGACCGUGGUUGUGCCGCAGCUGGAGUAUGUGACCGAGACGAGCACACUGGUACUGCAGCCCAGUCCCGUCGUCCAGUACGUGACGGAAACCGUCUUCUCCACGGUAUUUGCCCAAGGCGAUUUUAGUGGUGCCGCUGUCAACACUUAUCUGCCACCGGAACCGCCGGCACCCGUACCCGUGCCCGUUCCGAACCCGUUGAUCGUCAACAAUGGUCUGCAGAUUCAGCAACCUCCCCCACCACCCCCAUUCAUUCCACCCCCACAGGUGUCGCUUCCGCCUGUGCUGGAGCAUCCCGUCACGCAUCAGCCCUUCCUGCCGGGCGGGGAAAGUUUCGAAGGACACCGCGAGCUCGGUCAACUGGGCAAUGGGUUCGAUGGAUUCGGUGGAGUUCAUUCGCUACCGAACGUUCACGCACUGCCGCCACCGCCGUCGUUCGACGAGCAUGAGGGUUAUCGCUACAAGCGCAAGCUGAACGAAGAGACGGCAAAGAAGUCGGCCUCCGAAGCGAAGGUUGCGUCAAAGUCGACGUGAAACUGCGACGGUGCUGCGGAUUGCAUACUGUAGGGCGGGAUUGUUGUGUUGCGAGCAAAGGUGAUGUUAUCUCAUGUGCCGUUUAGCUAGUUUUUGUAUAGACCGUUUUUAACUUGUUUUAAAUAAAAUACUCAUAAAAGCUACUCAGUAAGAGGGCAAUGAAUUGUUAA